AUGUUCAGUAAACCGUAUGAAACUAAUAAUACAAAUCUAUCGGAUGGUUCUGUAUUAUUUCGUAAUUUAAGAAUGCUUGAACAAAAUAAUCUACGAACAAAUAGUGACAAUCCUUCAUUAUCUAAUUCAUUAACGCCAUCGAUAUCCGUACCAUUAUCCUAUAUUGAUUUGAAACCAUUUCAACACGAAGAACAAGAACCAACUGUAAAUGAAUCUCAACAAUUGUUAACAUCGAUGAUGAAACGAAACUUUGUAGCACGAUCAUCCGGUUGUACGAUUGAUUCAUUACAACAAGCUGAAUCACAAAUGGUUGUACCAUUUGAAUUUCGUCGAUUAAGAAUUGAUGAACCCGAUCGACGAACAAAAUUUCCCAAUUAUCUCGAAAAUGUACCCGAUUUAGCUGUUGCCGUUUAUGAAAGACGUUCUCAACCAGACGGAGUAAAAUUUUGUAGAAUAUGUCAAAAUGGUUUUUGGAUUCCGUUGACUGUUUGUGAAACCGUUCGUUGUGAUGCUGAUUUGUUACGCGGCUACCCCCGUCUUGUCACUGAAUGGGGCGAAAUUAAACAAGGUGAUUUGGCCUUAUAUCCUCCGCAUUCUGUUUAUGCCGUCUACCCAUUUGCCUUUGGUCCCCACUGCAAACAGUGCGAAGAGCACGGGGAGUGGUCACGGUAUGCAUUAGCAGAAUUGUGUUCUGGUAUAAAAUUCUGGGAUUCUCAUUCAACGUUAGCGAUGACUGAUUCAACAACAACCAAAGCAAAUUCAGACGCAACAACACAUAUAGAAAUCACUCGAACAAGAGUUCCACCAUCAAAAGCAAAAAAAGUCUAG